UCUAUCAAGGUGGAGAUGUACAGCGAUGAGGAAGCCAGCCGGCUGCUGUCACAGGAUGACCGGAUGCUCGAGAAGGAGGACAGCGUGAUCGUGGAGGACUCGCUCUCGGAGCCCCUGGGCUACUGCGACGGGACGGGCCAGGAGCCGCACUCCCCCGGGGGCAUUCGGUUGCCCAACGGCAAGCUGAAAUGCGACAUCUGCGGGAUGGUGUGCAUCGGCCCCAACGUGCUGAUGGUGCACAAGCGCAGCCACACUGGAGAAAGACCAUUCCACUGCAACCAGUGCGGAGCCUCCUUCACUCAGAAGGGAAACCUCCUGCGUCACAUCAAACUGCACUCUGGCGAGAAGCCCUUCAAAUGUCCCUUCUGCAACUACGCCUGCCGCAGGAGGGAUGCGCUCACCGGCCACCUGCGAACACACUCCGUCUCCUCCCCCACCGUCGGCAAGCCCUACAAGUGCAACUACUGCGGCCGGAGCUACAAGCAGCAGAGCACGCUGGAGGAGCACAAGGAGCGGUGCCACAACUACCUGCAGAGUCUGAACACUGAACCGCAGUCGCUGGCCAGCCAGCAAGGUGACGAGAUGCGAGACCUGGAGAUAGUGCCGGACUCUCUGCUUCACCCCUCGUCCGAUCGGCCGACGUUUAUUGACCGGCUGGCGAACAGCCUCACCAAACGGAAACGAUCGACACCUCAGAAAUUCGUGG